UUCCCGCCAAAACACUCGUUCGGUUAUUACUUGUUGUGCGGUCGUGUUAUCGUCAAUUUUGUUUAAAAUAAGUGUUUAUUUGUUUAAUUUUAUAAAUUAACUCUUCAAAAUGAUUGAGCCGCAAGAUAUUGAUCAAAGACAGCGUGAGUUGCAACGCGAAUACUUGGAUUUUUUGGAUGAUGAAGAAGACCAAGGAACUUAUUCCACGCUUGUGAAAAAUAUGAUCGCAGACGGCAGUCGUCGUUUAGUGGUCAAUAUCAAUGAUUUGAGAAGAAAGAACCCUGCGAGAGCAGAAAGCCUCUUGAAUCAUGUUUUUGAAGAGCAGGUUGCUUUUGAGAAAGGUCUAAAAGAGUUCGUUAUCACCAUUAAUCAUGAAUAUGCAAAAACCCAAGAUGAGUUUUUCAUUGCUUUUGAGGGUAGCUUUGGUAACAAGCAUGUUACUCCAAGAAACUUAACUUCAAGUUACUUGGGGAACUUGAUUUGUGUUGAAGGCAUUGUAACAAAAUGCUCUCUUGUCCACCCAAAAGUAGUAAGAAGUGUGCACUAUUGUGCUGCAACAAAGAAGAUCAUGGAAAGAAAGUAUACAGAUCUGACUUCAAUGGAAGCAUUCCCCACCAAUUCAGUAUAUCCUACCAAGGAUGAUGAAGGCAACUUGUUGGAGACAGAGUUUGGUAUGUCUACUUACAAAGAUCAUCAAACGAUUUCCAUUCAAGAGAUGCCUGAAAAAGCGCCGGCAGGACAAUUACCACGCUCUGUGGAUAUUAUUGUUGAUAAUGAUUUGGUAGACAAGUGCAAACCAGGUGAUAGAAUUCAAGUUGUUGGCAAUUUUAGAUGUUUGCCUAAUAAACAGGGAAGUUUUACAAAUGGUACAUUCAGGACAAUUGUGAUUGCAAACAAUUUAACUCUUCUGAGCAAAGAAGCUAAUCCAUCGAUUUCCCGUGAAGAUGUCGCUCGUUGCAAGAAUCUCGCUAAAAACAACAAAAAUGUUUUCAAUUUACUAGCAAAAUCAUUGGCUCCAUCAAUUCACGGCCAUGAAUACAUCAAGAGGACAAUUUUAUGUUUACUGCUGGGCGGUGUGGAGAAGAAUCUCCCGAAUGGCACACGUCUCAGAGGAGAUAUUAAUGUUCUACUCAUUGGUGAUCCCAGUGUAGCCAAAUCACAACUUUUACGAUAUGUUCUUUGCACUGCACCUAGAGCAAUCCCUACUACAGGUCGAGGUUCUUCAGGUGUUGGUCUCACGGCAGCGGUGACUAGCGAUCAGGAAACCGGUGAACGUCGACUUGAAGCAGGCGCCAUGGUUCUCGCCGAUCGCGGUGUCGUGUGCAUUGACGAAUUCGACAAGAUGUCCGACAUGGAUCGUACCGCUAUUCACGAAGUCAUGGAACAGGGACGCGUUACAAUUGCCAAAGCCGGUAUUCAUGCCAGUUUAAAUGCGCGUUGUUCGGUUCUCGCUGCUGCCAAUCCCGUGUAUGGUAAAUAUGAUCAAUACAAAACUCCCAUGGAGAAUAUUGGCCUGCAAGAUUCGUUACUUUCGCGUUUUGAUUGUCUGUUCGUGAUGCUGGACAGUGUCGAUGAAGAUCAAGACUUGAAAAUUUCUGAUCACGUUGUGAGAAUGCACAGAUACAGAAAUCCGCUUGAACAAGAUGGCGAAGUGUUGCCAAUGGGCAGUACUGUUGAAAAUUUAAGCACACAAAAUCCGAACGAUAUCAACGGAACAAAAGAAACACCAAUGUACGAGAAAUACGAUCCGUUACUGCAUGGUGGCAGCCGGAAGAAGACUGAUAAGAUUCUCAGCGUUGAAUUCAUGCGGAAAUAUAUUCAUUUUGUUAAGAUUAUGAAACCUACACUCACUGAGGAAGCUUCAGUCAUCAUCGCUGAAGAAUAUUCAAAGCUACGUUCAGAAGAACAUCUUGCAAAUGAUGUUGCCAGGACUCAACCUGUAACAGCUCGGUCUUUGGAGACAAUGAUUCGUUUAGCUACUGCACAUGCGAAAGCAAGAAUGUCACGAACUGUUGACGCCGAAGAUGCGCAUGCCGCCAUUGAAUUAGUGCAGUAUGCGUACUUUAAACGCGUUUUAGAAAAGGAAAAGAAGUCGAAACGUCGUCGUGCAUCUGUUGGAUCUGAUCAGGAGGACGGAGAGGAAGAAGAAAAUGAUUAUGAAGCGCGUCCAACAAAACGAACUAAGAUACAGGAACCGACAGAAGAUGCUACUCUUCCACCUACAGAAGAAUCUACAAUCAUGGAAGCUGAAACCACGAUGGAUAUUCAAGUUGAUUCAACACCAGCUCACAUUGAUGAUAGAAGACUUGCUAAGUUUAAGAGUAGUUUACAACGUGGAUUUAGAGAUAAUCGCGUUCAAUCUUUGAGUUUAACCAAAGUAAAGGAAAUCGUAAACGAAAACAAUACUUCUCCAUUUACUGAGAGUGAGGUAAGCGCCGCCAUUGAACGCAUGACAGAUGACAAUCAAAUCAUGGUUUCUGAUGAUAUUGUUUUCUUGAUUUAAACAAAAUUUACAUUACAUUAUGAUUGUUCACAGUUUUUUUUAUAUAAUACAUAAAAUGGCUUGUAUUCUCAUACAAUUAGAACAUAAUUCGUCUAAUACCUAGUUAUUUAUACAAUAAAAUAUACAUACACAACAA